GAGCUCACCAGGAGAUAGUCUCGGGAGAGAGAAUGAGAGAAAGGAGAGGAGGAGAGAGCAAAUGACGGCAGUAAAUUUGACCGUGGGGGAACGAGUGAAGAAUCAGAAGAGAAGAGAGACAGAGAGCGAGAGAGCGAGAGAGCGAGAGAGAGAGAGAGAGAGAGAGAGAGAGAGAGAGAGAGAGAGAGAUGUGGAAUAUGCUGAACCUGAGGAAAUGUGCUGGACUGUCCUAACAUCCCCUCGCUCCCUCCCUCCCUCCCUCGCUCCCUCCCUCCUCUUCCAGCCGGCUUCUUUGACACUGAGCCUCUUGAAGAUCCUCUCAGUGUGUGUGUGCUGUGUGAAGUGUCUCCGCAGCGCUCACGCUCACGCUCAGCCGAACACUCUCACACGUUUACACUCACAUGUUCACACACACGCAAAGAAGAGGAGGAGGACAGAGGCUCGGGAUUAAGGGAGGACUAACUUUCCGCUCGUCUGCGAGGGACUGAACCCGAGUGUACGCGCUCGUCCUGCACACUCACACGAAGACGCACAACUCCUCCAGAUCUCCACAGCUCCACACCGUCCUCGCCCUCGCCCUCGCCCUCGCCCUCGCCGGUCACCAUGCAGGUGUCCAUCGCCUGCACCGAGCACAAUCUGAAGGGCCGGAAUGGAGAACACGGCAAGCAGAGUGCCACCAGCCCCAACGUGGUGAACGCAGCGCGCGCCAAAUUCCGCACGGUGGCCAUCAUCGCGCGCAGCUUCGGCUCCUUCACCCCGCGCCACCACAUCUCUCUCAAAGAGUCCACGGGAAAGCACACGGGAAUGAAGUACCGGAACCUUGGGAAGUCUGGAUUGCGAGUAUCCUGUCUGGGUCUUGGCACCUGGGUGACUUUCGGAGGUCAGAUUUCCGACGAGGUAGCAGAGAAACUGAUGACCAUAGCCUACGAGAGCGGUGUGAACCUGUUCGACACGGCCGAGGUUUACGCUGCAGGAAAAGCCGAAGUCAUCCUGGGAAACAUUAUCAAGAAAAAGUGCUGGAGGAGAUCCAGUCUAGUGAUCACGACUAAGCUCUACUGGGGAGGAAAAGCCGAGACUGAGAGAGGCCUUUCCAGAAAGCAUAUAAUAGAAGGUCUCAAAGGCUCCCUACAGAGGAUGCAGCUGGAAUACGUGGACGUAGUCUUCGCCAACCGUCCUGACAGCAACACUCCGAUGGAGGAGAUCGUGAGGGCGAUGACGCACGUGAUCAACCAGGGGAUGGCUAUGUACUGGGGGACGUCGCGAUGGACGGCCAUGGAGAUUAUGGAAGCGUACUCUGUGGCGAGGCAGUUUAACCUGAUCCCCCCGGUGUGUGAACAGGCCGAGUAUCACCUCUUUCAGAGGGAGAAAGUGGAGGUGCAGCUGCCUGAGCUCUACCACAAGAUAGGUGUAGGAGCCAUGACGUGGUCCCCUCUUGCCUGUGGAAUCAUCAGCGGAAAGUAUGAAAAUGGCAUCCCAGAAUCCUCUAGGGCAUCGAUGAAGUCGUACCAGUGGCUGAAGGAGAAGAUCAUGAGUGAGGAUGGGAGGAAGCAGCAGGCUAAGCUGAAGGAGUUGUCUCAUAUAGCUGAGAAGCUCGGCUGCACUCUGCCACAGCUGGCUGUGGCCUGGUGCCUGAGGAACGAAGGAGUGAGUUCGGUUCUCCUAGGAACCUCCAACCCAGAACAGCUAACAGAAAACCUGGGAGCCAUUCAGGUUCUACCCAAGAUGACGUCCCAUGUAGUGACUGAAAUCGACCACAUACUUGGAAACAGGCCGUACAGUAAGAAGGACUAUCGCUCGUAGGGGUUUUGGGUGACAUCAUCCCGGUGGGUGUGUUUCCUGAUCUGAACACCUCUCUCCUCCUGCUCCUCCUCCUCCUCCACCUCCUCUUCCUGGGUUUGCUCUCUGGUAGGAGUCUGGGAGAAAGCCUCAACUCGCCUCGCCUUGCCUCGCUCGUGUCCUUGUUUGUGCAUGCCCCCUUCCCCUUACUAACUCGACAGCCACGCGUCACCAUGACGACAACCGCCGUCUGACAGACUGAAAAACAACGCACGAAAUCACAAACCGUCACGUAGCAAGGGAGCGUGGUGCUCCGAGAGCCUCGCUGACGAUGCCCUGCUCUGACCUCGGAAGCGUCCCGACCCUGACAUGUCCUCUGCUCGGUGAGAUGUGACCCAAGGGACAUACCGGAGACCUGCCGAUUGUACAGAACGGAGGUGUGGAGCACGUCUCCCCCUGCUGUUCGAGCGGGAGAACUACAGCCUCACUUUCCACAAACUGAAGAGGAACAAGGCGUCCCGUUACACACAUCCAUACCGCUCUCUGCCUGUUUAGCGAAAGCCUGCAUUAGUAAUUGCAUCUGAUUAAAGAAGGCCUGUUUA